CUUUGAAGCUACGUCUAUUCUUAUUUCUCUUUCGUCUCCAAAAAGCAGCUUCCUUUUUGAAUUCAGCUCCUCUCCUAUUCUCCCUUCCUCUGCGACUACCGAAGACAGACGCCCCUGACGUAAUCGCCCACCUUCAGCGCCAGUUUCAUCGGAUUAGCUCGAUCAUCCCACUGCCUUCCGAUCGUUGUUUCAACAGUGCAGAUCCACCCUCACCGCCCGUAUUCUUAUUCGCCCAAGUUUGUUCCCCGGGAAGCCUUGAUUUCUCUGGGUUUCGGACCUAAUUUCAAUUAUCCAAACGUCUCCUUGAUUUCGUUACCACCUUCCCCAGAAAAUAAAUUUCAAGAAAAAAGCUACAAAUUUUUGUUGAAUUUGUUACGUUUCUCUAUGGCGGAAUUCGAGAAUCACGCGGAAUUCUCGGUCAAAUCCAAAUCCUCAUCGUUCUUCAAUCGCUCCCUUACCUUGAGCAACCCGACCUCCACUGUUUCCCCUCAGAAACCCUACCUCCAGGCCGCUCUGAGUCUUGACCGGAGCGGCUCCGGUUCGUUCCUGAAACUCUACAAUUCCAUCGAAUCGGUCCGGUCCGCCGGCAAUGCCAUCAAAGGUAAGGUCAAGCAGCUCCGCAGUUUUUUUGAAUCCUCGACAAACGGAGAGGAAUCGCAGCCCCAAUCGCAACCGCAAUCCCAAUUGCUGCCUAGCAAGCUCAAACCUGCAACAAAAUCGAUCGGUUCGGGGUCCGGUAGCUCCACGAAACGUUUACCGGGCACUGAAGACCGAAUCGUUGUGUACUUCACGAGCUUACGCGGAGUUCGGAGGACCUUCGAGGACUGCUAUGCGGUGAGGAUGAUAUUACGGGGGUUUCGGGUGUGGGUCGAUGAGCGGGACGUAUCCAUGGACUCGGCAUACAGAAAAGAGUUGCAGAGUGUGUUGGGAGAGAAGAAUGUGACCCUGCCACAGGUGUUUGUGAGAGGGAAUUACUUGGGAGGCGCUGAGGUGAUCAAGCAGCUCUUCGAAGUUGGGGAAUUGGCGAAAAUUUUAAAAGGGUUUCCUGUUCAGAAACCCGGGUUUGUCUGCGAGAGCUGCGGGGACGUGAGGUUCGCGCCUUGCGAUACUUGCAAUGGAAGUAGAAAGGUAUUUGACGAGGAUGAAGAUAGAGUCAAGAGGUGCCUGGAGUGCAACGAGAACGGCUUGGUUCGGUGCCCGUAUUGCUGUUACUGAAUUUGGCAUUUUUAGAUGCAAAUUGUUGUUGUUGAUAAAUAACUGCUAUAUUGGAGAAUCAACGAUAUUAAUGUUUGAUAAUUGAUGAGUUUUUAGACUCCAAAAUUUUAUUUUGGAUGAAGAAAAAAAACUUGGUCAUAGGUUGGGGAGAAUUGAUGAUGUUCUAAUCAUUCUCUAUGAACAGCAUUUUGGAUAAUAAUGUAUGUUAUUUCAAAGUGCAAAAUUGGUUUUGGGUGUGUUCUUGAGUGUAUUUUUCAUGUUGAGGGGAAAGGGUGUCUCCUACAUGGAAUUGUAAAUAUUUUAGUUGAACUACUGAAAGGGUUUGCAAAUGUUGUUAAAUGAUGUAUUGUAAUCAAAAUGGGUCUAUUUGAUACCCAAUUAUUUUGUUUUUGAA